AUGGCCCACACGACGAAGCUGCACCCCCCCCCUUCGCCGCUCAUCCUCGCGGAGCCCGACACAUCGCCGGGCCCGUUCGAGGGGCCCGAGAAACUUCUCGAGGUGUGGUUUGCCCCGUCGCCCGAACUCCUCCCCGGUGCGAACGGCGGCAAUGGUACCGCCCCUGCCAACGGUACUGCCAACUACAAUGCCCACGAUGGCUCAGCAGCCAACGGCAGCGGCCUCAGCAACGGCAAUGGCAUGAUCCCCGCCGCUGCUACAGGCCGCGGCGGCCGCAUGGGCGAGAGUCCCAGCGGCGAGCCGUUCCGUGGGCUCCGCACCGUGCCCCGCGCGGUGUGGGAGGAGAUGCUCGACAUUGUCAAGUGCAAGGUUCUGAGCGUUGUCGAGGGCGACGAGAUUGACGCCUACCUCCUCUCCGAGUCGUCCCUCUUCGUUGCCCCGCACGUCAUCAUCCUCAAGACUUGCGGCACCACCCUCAACCUCCUCGGUCUCCACCGCAUCCUGGAGAUUGCCCACGAGUACUGUGGCUUCACCUCUGUCUGGCGCUGCUUCUACUCGCGCAAGUCGUUCUUCUUCCCCGAGCGCCAGCUGGGUCCCCACCGCGACUGGACCGACGAGGUCCGCUUCCUUGACAAUGUCUUUGGCACCGCCGGUUCCGCUUACACUGUUGGUCCCAUCAACCGCGACCACUGGCUGCUGUACCUCACGACACCGAACGCGAUCCAGUUUGCCGGUGACCAACGAGCACAGCGUCCUGUCGGCGCUCCUGCGGCCCCAGCUGCUCCGCCUCACCAGGACCAGACACUUGAGAUCCUCAUGAGCCACCUCUCGCCCGCUGGCCGUGCCCCCUUCUUCAUCCCCGAGAGCGAGGGUGAGGCGUCCACCUCGCGGUCGGGCCACGAGCUCGGUGCCGGUAUCUCGGCCCAGCUGGGCAUCGAUGCCCUGUUCCCCGCCCACGAGACCACCCUCGACAGCUUUGGCUUUGAGCCCUGCGGAUACUCGGCCAACGCCGUUAUCGGCUCGGGCCUCAGCUCGAACGGCUCGGACGGCGGCUACUUUACCAUCCACGUCACGCCCGAGGAGGGCUGGUCUUACGCUUCGUUCGAGUCCAACGUCCCCCUCCCUGCAGUGGGGACCCCCGGCGGCCGCCCCGACCUCAAGUCGCUCAUCCGCCGCGUGGUGGACAUUUUCCAGCCCAACCGUCUCUCCAUCACCCUCUUUGUCUCCACUGGCGAGGACCACGCGCCCGCCCCCGCCGUCAUUGGCAGCGACCUCCUCCCCGAGUUUGAGCGCAAGGACAGCAUUGGCUACGAGUUUGACGGUUACGACCUCAUCUUUGGCUGCUUUGAGCGCCGUGGCUGGUCCGAGCCCAAGUCGCCAGCAAUCACCAGCGUCAAGGCUCUUUCCUGA